UCGGCGGGACGCGCCGGCGGACUCAGAGCCAUGGCGGCGGCGGCGACGGCGACGCGGUUGGGGGUGUGCGGCAUCAGGGCCCUGCAGGCCCGCGGCUACGGCUCCGACGCCGGCCAGCUCGGGGAGCUGGGCAAAGGGGCCGGCAAAGGCGGCGGCGGCGGCGGCUCCAUCCGCGAAGCGGGCGGCGCUUUCGGCAAGAAGCAGGCGGCAGAGGAGGAGCGCUACUUCAGGGAAAAAGGGCAGGAGCAGCUAGCUGCCUUGAAGAAACACCACGAGGAGGAGAUCUCUCACCACAAGAUGGAGAUCGAGCGCCUGCAGAAAGAGAUCGAGCGCCAUAAGCACAAGAUUAAGAAGCUCCACGGUGAUGACUGAGCCGUGGCCCCCGAGGUCCCCCCCAUUAAUCAGGGCCCAGUGUGUGCCGGGCUCCCACUUGCCUCAAGCGUGACAUUCUCUGUUUGUGUUCUGCUGCAUCCCAGCGUGGUAAUAAACUGAUGGGUAAACCAA